AUGUUUAUGGUCUCCUUCGAUGUUGAAAGCCUCUUCACCAACAUACCUCUAGAUUAUUGUAUUAACCUUGCCGUCAAAUAUAUUACUGAGGGUAAUCCAGGGUUGAAACUUAGUAAAAAUGAGCUUAAAAGGCUGUUUGAGUUUGCUACCAAAGAAACUCACUUCCUUUUCAAAAGUAAAUUCUAUGAUCAGGUGGAUGGUGUAGCCAUGGGGUCCCCCCUUGCCCCUGUUCUCGCCAAUCUCUUUAUGGGUCACCAUGAGAAUAUAUGGUUGGAUCAAUACGGGGAUUCAGAGGUAUUAUUCUAUCGUCGCUACGUAGACGAUACAUUUUGCCUUUUCCACUCUGAACGGGAUGCAACCCUUUUCUUCAAUUACAUCAACAAUCAACACCCCAAUAUGGAGCGGGAAACUGACCAUGUUUUACCUUUCCUAGAUGUUCUAAUCAACAACACUGACCCACACCACCGUUUAGCGGAAAAAGACUUUCACAGGUCUGCUCACCAGUUAUCUGAGUUUUUGCCCCUUACCUACAAAUUGGGGUUAAUCAAAAUCUUGAUUCAUAGAACUUUUAAGAUAAACAACACUUGGAUGGGGUUCCAUACUGACCUUCAAAAAUUGUCUGUCAUUCUGUGGAGGAAUCUCUACCCUGAGAACCUUAUGAACAAAUAUAUUUCUAAAUAUAUUCAGACAGCAGUCAAGGGAGGGAAAACACAGCCCUAUUCAGGAGUCGAGCCCCAGGAAACACCUAAGUUCUUCUUUAAAAUCCCUUACGUUGGGCACUUCUCAGUCACGGCACAGAGGAGUAUACGCAAACUUGCUAACCGGCUAUGUAAACCUAUUGAUUUAAGGUUACUUUCAAAGUCAGGAAUCUUUUUAAUGUGAAAGAUGCUGUCCCUGAGGGGCUACGCACGCGUGUGGUCUAUAAAUUCAAUCUCGGCGAUUUUAUUGAAAGGAAGCGUAACUCUUUUGAAUCAGAAAAUUGAAAGGUAUGUUAGCACUAAUUUGUCUUUAAUCUUCGUGGAAAGUCCCCCAAAAAUAUCUGGAAAACGAGAGAAUUAUUCACGCAUCGCAAAUAUAAAAAAAUACAAUUCAUUUGCUUUGGGUGUUUUUCUGAAAUCCUACUAGACACCGAAGUAAUUCAUUGAAGGCGCUUUCCUUCUGAAAACAUAAAUAUCUUUGUCUGCAAAAUAUAACUAUUCAUAUGUUUCAAGUUUCGCACAGACAUUUUAUCUUUUCUUUGUCUAGUUGAAAGACGCGUUGCAAGAGAAUUUAGAGCUCAACUGAUUAAUUUAAGUCAUCAAACUUUGUUUGCCCAGCAUUAAAUCGAGUGAUGACACUACGCACGCGUGUGGUCUAUAAAUUUUCGUGUGCAAGUUGUAAUGCUUGUUAUGUUGGUGAAACCAGCUGA